AUGGCAGGCGGAAACUUUGAACUGGUUGCUCUCGGCAAUCCACUGCUCGACAUGCAGAUCCGCAAUGGCGAGGCGAUGCUCGAGAAGUACGGUCUCAAAGCGAAUGACGCCGUGCUGGCUGACGAGAAGCAGCUUGCUAUUUACAAGGACAUUGUUGACAACUACGACGUUACCUACGUUGCCGGUGGUGCUGCGCAGAAUGCUGCUCGCUGCGCGCAGUACGUUCUGCCUGCCAACUCUACCGCUUACCUCGGAUGCGUCGGCAAGGAUGACCUCGCUAAGCAACUGCAGGCGGCCAACGACAAGGAAGGUCUCAAAUCCAUCUACCAGUUUUCCGAUGACCAGCCCACCGGUUCGUGCGCUGUUGUGAUUACCGGACACAACCGUUCGCUGUGCACCAACCUGGGUGCGGCCGAAAAGUUCACCAAGUCGCACCUCGAAACCGCUGAAGCUCAGCAGGCGAUCAAGAACGCCAAAAUCUUCUACCUCGGUGGCUUCUUCCUCACCCACGGCGUCGAGUCGGCGCUGGUGCUUGCCGAGGAAGCCAAAUCGCGCGAUGUUUCGUUCACCAUGAACCUGUCGGCGCCUUUCAUCCCGCAGUUCUUCACCUCGCAGGUCGAUCAGGUGGUUCCCUAUGCUGAUGUCGUGUUUGGAAACGAGUCCGAGGCCGAAGCGUGGGCUGAGGCACACAAGCUGGAAUCCAAGGAUCUCAAGACCAUCGCCCAGGCCAUCGCCGACUUUGAUGCUGUUACCACUAAGGCGCAAAAGCGAGUGGUCAUCAUCACCCAGGGCUCGCAGCCCACGAUUGUCGCUAAGCGCGGUGAGAAGGAGCAAAAGGUUCACGAGACACCCAAGAUCAACCCUGCCGACAUUGUCGACACCAACGGUGCCGGUGACGCUUUCGCCGGUGGUGUCGUAGGCGCGCUCGUGCUUGGAAAGUCCAUCGACCAAGCCAUCGACGUCGGACACAAGCUCGGUGGCAUGUGCAUCGGUCAGGUCGGUCCCAUCCUCAAGUUCCCUAAGGAAAACGUCAUCUAG